CUUUCUGCAUAAUCGGAAAUGAUCAGAAAUGAGUCUCAAUCUCUACUUAACUACUUAACUAACUACUAGAUCUAGAUUCUAACUACUUCACUUUAUUACUCUAACUGUUUGAUCAAGUGAAUACAUCCUAUUAAUUUAAUAACUCUAGUGUUAUAGAACAAAAGAAAAUGAGAGAGCAAGUAGGUCACUGUGACAUCUGUUCAUGAACAUUUUCAUCUUUUGAAAGAUUACAAACACAUUGGAUUAAAAAGCACACGUAAGUGCAAGCCAUAGGCUGUUGUUUUUGUGAUUUUAUAGUUGCAGAGGAGCCGUUGUUCGCUACACAUAAAAAAGAAUUUCAUCCAAAGGAUAGGAUGGCGUGUGAGUUUUGUGCUUAUACCACCAGGAAAUGGAGUAAGCUGAAAAAACAUCACAUUAAAGUUCAUGUGGCUUUCUAUAAAGAAAACAUUGCUGCUGAAUUACUAAAGAAAAACUUCAAAAAGAAAACAGUGUUAUCUUCUUGUAAAUUCUCAACAGAUUACAGAUUAACUUCUUCAAAUUGUGGAAAUGUUGAAUUCAGAUGCUCAAUACUGAAGGAGAAAAAAAAUUUAUUAUCAACUAAUGAAAAGACAGCUGAGUUGUACCCCACUAUAUUCAAACCGUGUGAAAAAUUGCAGAUAAAUCAUAAAAAUCAAACAACUGGACCUCAAAAGUUACAGUUAUAUGAAUGUGCCCUGGAGAAUUGUAAAACUUGUCAACUAUACCAUAAUGGUAAACAGAGAGGCAGCGAGCCUCCAGCUGAGAAUUUUGUGUGUGACAUUUGCCAAAAAAGUUUUAAAACCUUAUCUCAUUUGUCUUCUCAUAAACUUGUGCACACUCCAUUGAAAUGUUAUAUAUGUUGCCAGUGUGAUAAAAGUUUUAACAUUGGAGAUGAAUAUGAUCUACACUUAACAAGACAUUUUAGGUUUAAACCAUUUAAAUGUGAAUUUUGUGAAAAAUGUUAUGCAAAUAAACGUUAUCUUAAAGAUCACAUGAGAUUGCAUACUGGAGAAUCAAUUCACAAAUGUGAGAAAUGCAAUUACAUAACACCUCAUCUGUCUCGGCUAAAACAACAUCAAAAGAUUCAUCUAAACCUUCAACUAGUUGAUGGUGUUGAAAAUGUACAAACUUGUGAUAUUUGCCAGAAAAGCUUUGUUUCUUUAGCUCAUCUGUUGCCCCAUCAACCAAUGCAUACACCUUUGAAGCUUUACAUAUGUAGUCAUUGUGGUAGAGGCUUUAACUUACCAGAAGAAUAUGAUCUGCACCUUCUAAAGAGACAUUUCAUGUACAGACCUUUCAGAUGUUCAUUGUGUGAGAAAUCUUUUACCAUCAAAAAAAAAUUUAAGAGUUCACAUGAGCAUACACACUAUGGAUUUAAUGUAUAAGUGUUCAAAUUGUGAAUGCACAUCAAAUGAUAAAAGUCCUUUCUCAGAACAUAGGAGAGUUCACAUGAACAGUAAGCCUUUCACAUGCAAUGCUUGUGACUAUUCAACAGCUUCUAAAAGUUCUCUAAGAGGUCAUUUAAGGACUCACUCUGGUGAGAAGCCAUUUUGUUGCAACCUAUGUGACAAACGAUUCAGUCAACGUGUACAUUUAAUCUCACACAAACGGCAUAUUCAUCUAGUUUAACCAUACUACUGAAGACACACUACGAACAGUGUUAUGACGUGUAGUUAAUCAAUGUAUGUUGGUGUUGGUGUGAAAGAUAUAAUGAUGACAUAAUGAUGAAAGAUAGGGACGUUUUGUGUAGAAACUGGUUGCUGUGUAUUGUGUGUGUGAGUUAAUACUUAGUCUUGGUGAGAGGGUGUAUAUGACCAGUGUGACUCAGUCAGUAGCGUGAAUUGUGAGACAUCCAUGUGGAUGACGAUUAUAAGCAGAAUGUGUUUAAUAAAUAUCAGAAGAAAAACCUUUUUUCAUCUUGUCAAUAAAUUGUCACCCGUGUCGUCUAGACGUGUAAUGGUAUAAUGACUGCCUAUGUUGUCUGAUAUUCUCACAUGGUAAUGAACCAAGUAGUUCAACCCUCUCACAAUCGAAAAAUAUAUUAUAAAACUGAUGUGACUGAAGAAAUGUAAAUUUAUGCUGCAAUUUUUUUUAUUGACAUUGGUGUAAAAACACUGGUGUUUUUUUUUUUUGCAUGCCUCCAAUUCUGUUUA